AUUUUUUUUUUGACAAUCUAAGGGAAGUCAGCGGUCCUGACUAAAUAGUCAGGUAUUGCAUGUUUUAAAAAUUCUUGCAGCACACAGGUUGCAAAUCGCUGGAGUAGGGGAAUAAUCCAGAUCUGCACACUUCACAGAAUGACUGUGGAUAGUCUUAAAGGAAAGGAGAGAUGGAUUCAACUUCAGAUCCCAGAAAUGCACCUUUCCUGUCAACUUUCUCCUUGGGGAUUUAGUUAACUCCCUUGUGAGAUGCACUUUUCCUUGCUGAUAUUUUCAGUUCUAUCACCAGUCCACAAAAUUGAAAGAAAAAAAGUCAAAAGAUUUUUGUGUCUUUAUUCUUUUCAUCCCACCUCAAGAGGGAAAAGUGGAGUGACUGUCAGUAGGCACAGGGGAAUUCAGCCAGGUUUGCUUCAGAGCAGGAAAUUCUGGGUGGGCAGGCAACCCUGUGCUGGGCCCAGUCUGAGCCCUGAGUAAGUGCUUGAUUUUGGGUUGUUAUCACUAUUCUUUACAACGUUUUGUAUAAAUUAAAAAUCCAAAGAAUCUUUUUUUUUUUUUUUGCUUCUAGAUGGGAUCUCCGAGAGUGUCUCUGUUAACCUCAUUUUCUAAUGAAACCAAAUCAGAGUGAAGAGAACUGUGCAGGUGGUUGUGCCAGCCCAGGGCUGGUUGCCUCUGGCACAUUCUGCUCUAGAGAGUGCUUGGGGACAGUGGAUAUUGUGUCUUCCAUGAUACAGAAUCUAGGCUUGGAACACUUAUUCUGCUGUGGACCAAAAGUAUCCUUGAGCAAAUUAAUCUCUGCACUUUAGGUUAGUUAAAAUUGUAGUCAGUUGUUACAUGACAAAGUCAGUACUGAGAGGAUUCCAUGGCACAGAGUAGGAGUUUGAUAACUUUUGAAGUUCCUUGACCAAAUAAGGAAGCUGUUGUUCCUCACUCCCAUCUGUUACUGAUAUGUUUUAUUUCUCUCUUACCUCAGGCUCCUAGAGGUGUUCAUGAGCCAGUGGUUAGAAGCAGGGAGAAACACAGAUGUCUUCCUAGACCCAACCUGGCAUUACUGGACAAUGGCAGCUGAGCCAGGGGUGACCAGGUCCCUGAACUCUGUAGCCUAGGCUUUGAGGGAACCAAAGGAAGACAACUCCUUGAAGCAGAUACAUCUGUCACAGGAAGCCUUCUCAAACUUUGGACCUUUGUAAAACCUCUCUUUCUUUUCUCUGCUAUCUCAGGGUGACAGCCCAGGGAGGUAUCCAGUCUGCCCUGGGAACAAGGCCAGAAGUGAAUAAAGUGAAGAAGAGACACCAUGGGAGAGAAGGUGUUUGGCCAGCUGAAACAAAUGGAACCUGUGCAGCAGAGGCUGCUCCCCAGCACUGAUACUGUCAGGGAGGCCCUGCAGGCAGCUGUGAAGAGAGAGUGCUGGUGGGCAGCCUGGGCAAAGAAGCCAGUCACCUUUGAGGAUGUGGCAGUGAAUUUCACCCAGGAAGAGUGGGAAUGUUUGGAUGCCCGUCAGAGGGUCUUCUAUCAGGAUGUUAUGUCAGAGACCUUCAAAAAUCUGGUGUCUGUGGAUCUGAUCACCAAGCUUGAACAAGAAGAGAAACAGUGGAGAGCAGAUCUCUGUCCCCCAAAUGGAGAGGGCCUUUCUUCAGGAAGCAAGAAGGAGGAACUUCAAGAACACAGUCAGAGUUUGAGAGAUGAGGACACUGGAUGCAGAGGGUCAGGCCUGUCCUCUGCUCUGCCUGGGCCCGUGGGCAGGACCCCAGUGUUUCCAGCAUCCUGGGCUGGGCCACCCUUUCCCUGCCACAUCUGUGGUAGGUGUUUCAGUAAGCGCUCCAACCUCCAUUACCACCAGUUUGUCCACAAUCUUAAGGGGACGAACAACUGCAGCCAGUGUGGGAAGUCAUUUCGGAACCCCAAGGCCCUCGGCUAUCACAGACGCAUACAUCUUGGGGAGAGGCCCUUCUGUUGUUCACUUUGUGACAAGACCUACUGUGAUGCUUCUGGACUGAGUCGUCACCGCCGUGUCCAUCUGGGUUACCGGCCCCAUUCAUGCUCCUUCUGUGGGAAGGGCUUCCGGGACCAAUCUGAGCUCAAACGCCACCAGAAGACACACCAAAACCAGGAGCUAGUGUCUGAAAACCAGAAGCAUUUUGUGACAAUUCUAGGUACCACAGCUGGAUUCCAGGAAUCCACUGUCAGGAGCCAGGGGCUUGUGGCUGGGCACCACACAUCAGUGACCAGGACCCAAGAACCCAUAUUUAAAACCAAGGGUCCUGUAGCUCACCCCCAGCCAUCCAUAAGUAGAAACCAGGAAUCUGCAGCCAAGAACCAGGUGAUCACUGUGAGAACUCAGACACCAGUUACUACAACACCAGGGCCUGUGACCAGGACUCAGGCAGCCAACUGUAGAGUCCUCUGCCUGAAUUCCAGGUCCAAGUCUCACCUACCAAAGCCUUCAAGACUCAAGGUUUUCUCUUGCUCUUAUUGUCCUUUGACUUUUAGUAAGAAGGCCUAUCUCUCCAGGCACCAGAAGGCCCACCUCAUAGAACAGUCAAACUGCUGCUUCUGCUGUGGCAAGUCCUUCAGCUCAUUAUCUGGGCUGGUCAUGCACCAGCAGACUCACUGGAAGCAGAAGAUCUACCGUUGCCCUGUCUGCGACAUCUGCUUUGGGGAGAGGGAGGAUCUUGUGGGUCACUGGGGGACAUACAAAGGCAAGGGGCUGUGCUUGGGAAGUCCCCAUAAAUGCUGGGCUGUCCUGGGCCAGUGGCUUGGCCUUUUUCACAAUGGCUCCCCUAUGGCAGGGAAGGAAAUGGAUCUCCUAGGAUCCACACCCCCAGGGGAGGGGAGGGAAGGAAGGGAGAAUGUAUGCAGAGGAAAAGAAGGAAAUGAGGCAGGCAGGGUCUUGGAACAUAAAUAAAUGGCCUUUCUGACUGAGACCUUUCCUUGUGUUUGGUUUUCUUGAUGACCUAUAGAGGUAAGGAGGCUGGUAUAGAGGAAGAGAGGAAAGGACAGUAAAGGACAUGCACAAAGGAAAAGGGACAGGAAGUGGCACGUGGAAACAUGUACAUUAGCACCUUGCUUGUUUAUUUGUGUCUCAAAAAAGAUCAAGCAGUCGUAGAAUAAAACAGUGGAUACCCUGAUAGGUAUGAAAAUGGGAGGAAAAGGAUGAGACAAGGGAGGUCUGAGGGACUUAUCUGUACAAGUUGUGGGAGUAAAAGGGAAGCCUUCUAAAGCAGGUGGGUAGCCCAGGUUGCAUUCUUUGUUCCCAGCUCCUCAGUGGGCUUCAGGGACAAGAUGAAGCUCUGGCCAGUAUCUGUGGAUUUCUCCCUAUGUCCUCACUCUGCAGCUUAUACAGCUCUUUGAUGUUUUGGGCUCAUGAUGUUCAUUUUCUUCCACCCUCUACUCAGCCCUCUGGGGCUGAGGUCUUGGAAGUAACAACCACCAUUUGCAAAAUUGGCAUGCUGUGGUUUCCACAGAGGAAGUUCCUGGUCUUCAGUUAGUGUCAGAGACCCUGCUGUGCAUUCUUCUCCAGCACAGGUGUCCUCUGAUGAGGAGCGUCUGCCUGACUUCCAGAUGAAAGGCAGAGGAGUUGGAAAGAUGCAGGUAGAAAAAAAAUGGGGUAAGAAAACAGCUGGGAAAAGGUAGAUGACAACAGAGAAACCCAUGGGUGCAUAGAUAAGGUGGAACAACAGAUCAGUGUUUAUCUAAAAAAAAAA